UCUAAGUCCCAACUCAAGUGCUCCCUUUUCAGCUUCCUCAGCCGUUGAGGGUUUCCCGACCAAGCCGCCUCUCCAGCUUCCAGGGCCGCUAUGGCGCAGUUUGACCACCUGAACCCCAACCUCCCAGAUCUGGGUGGUCCCUUCCUGUAUCGGGAUCAGGACCGAGAACCGGCGGCGGGAGAGCGGAGUCCCUACUCGGUGGAGACACCCUACGGCUUCCAGCUGGACCUGGACUUCCUCAAGUACGUGGAGGACAUCGAGAGUGGCCAGUGCCUCCGCCGGGGGCCAGCUCCGGCGCGCCGCCCCCGGGGGGCCGCCCGCUCCGGGCCCGACCCCCGCAGUCCUGGUGGCCGCGCCAGCGGCUGGACGUCCACCGAGUCCCUGAGCAGCAGUGAUGACGGGCGGGUGCGGGGCGGGUGGGGCCCAGCCUCCCAGCCCCCGGGGCCCCUGCUCGGCCUCCUGCCGCCCCCGUCCCCCAAGGGGCCCGGCUGGAACCCGCGGGUGGAGAAGACGCUGUUGGAGACCAGCCGGCGGCUGGAACUGGAGCAGGAGUGGGAGUGGGAGCGAGCCGGGGGUGGGCCCCGGCCGAGCCCCCACGCCUCGGGGCUGAGCAGCCCCGCGCCGCCGGUCAGCCCCGCACAAUUGCAGCAUGUGCGUGAGCAGAUGGCCGCAGCGCUGCGCCAGCUGCGUGAGCUGGAGGGCCAGGUGCGCGCCAUUCCCGGCCUGCAGCGCCAAGUGCGCAGCCUGCGCGAGGAGAAGGCGCGCCUGCUGGCCGGCCUCGCUGCCGGCUCCCCUGGUCUGGGGCCCGCCGAGGGGGACCCCGGCCCGGCCCGGGCGAGGCCAGGCAAGCUCGGGGAGCUGCGCCGGCUGACGGAGCGCCUGGCCCAGCCCCGGCCUGGGGGAGGAGGGGGGGACGGGGUCGGGGCUGGGGCUGGGGAGUCCCUCGACGAGCCGGCCGCGCCGCUUCGCCACGAGGUAGGCGUGAGCGUGAGGCCGCCGGCGCGCGACGCAGCCACGUGGGUGACGGAACCCCUGCUGGGGCGGCCGGCGGAGGCCCAGCGGGAACUGGACCUGUUGCAGGACAGCCUGGCGCACCAGCGUGGGCUGAGCGCAUUGCUCGAAGGCCGCUUGCGGGACGCGGCACAGGAGCUGGAGGCGCUGCGGGCGGAGGGCGGUGCCCGGCUCGCCAGAUCCGACCAGGGGACCCAGGCGGAGCUGGGGGCCUGGCCCCAGGGCCCGCGCCCGGAGGCCAGGGAUGCAGCCGUGGGGCCCGAUGCACCAGCCGGCUGGGCUGAGAAGGCCACCCAGGCCGAGCUGGACCCUGCCGGGGAGCCCCCGGCGGAGCCGUGCCCGGUCCCGGAUGACCCGGCAUCCAAGGGCAGCACUGGCCGCGACUGGGUGCAGAGCGGAGAUGUCCGGAGCAGCCCCAGGCCGGCCAGCCCCCGGGUUGGUGCCCUGAAGUCCAUCAUGAAGAGGCGGGAUGGGGCUGCCACCCCUGAGCCCAACACCGGCCGCAAGAGCCUGCAGUUUGUGGGGGUCCUCAAUGGAGAGUGCGUCCCCUGGGCACCCCCUUGCCCCCAAACUCCAGGGCACGCCCUGGCUCCCUACAGAUACGAGAGCUCAUCCAGCGAAGAAGAGUCCAGCGAGGGAGAGGUGGAGGGCCCUGAGGACAGCACCUCCGGGGCAGACAGCUCCGACAGCAGGAGUGGCUCACCCCCUACUACCCUGGAGAGCUGUCUCGCCGAAGCCCAGGGCAACGAGCAGCCUCCGUCCAGCCCGGAGCCUGGCCCUCAGGAGGUCAAAGAAAAGUUCGAGUUAAGCCCCCGCAUGAGGGAUGCCUGCCUGAUGCUCAGAAAGCAGUUGAGCCAACCUGGAGGUGGCCGGAGCCGGGAGGGAGGGCCAGGAGGCUGCAGCCUGGUGCAGCAAGAAUGGUUCCGGGUGUCCAGUCAGAAGAACUCACUGCCUGGGCCGGUGGCCGAUCAUCUGAUGGCGCUGGCCGAGCUCUCCCCAGCCCUACUGGCCCACGUGGUCAACCUGGCGGAUGGCAACGGCAACACCGCCCUCCACUACAGUGUCUCUCAUUCCAACUUCCACAUUGUCCGCUUGCUGCUGGACACGGGGGUCUGUAAUGUCGAUCACCAGAACAAAGCUGGCUACACAGCACUCAUGCUGGCUGCUCUGGCCUCUGUGGAACAGGAGGAAGACAUGGAUGUGGUCAGAAGGCUUUUCAGCCUUGGUAAUGUCAAUGAAAAGGCCAGCCAGGCUGGGCAGACGGCCCUGAUGCUGGCAGUGAGUCAUGGGCGACAGGAGAUGGUUACAGCUCUGCUGGACAGUGGGGCAGAUGUGAACUUGCAGGACGAAGAGGGUUCCACAGCCCUGAUGUGUGCCAGUGAACACGGGCGGGUGGAGACCGUGCGCUUGCUCUUGGCCCAGCCAGGUUGCGACCCUGCCAUCCUGGAUAAAGAUGGCAACAGUGCCCUGACUAGUGCUCUGAGUGCUGAGCAGAAGGAGAUUGCAAUGCUGCUGUAUUCCCACAUCAACGAGGCUAAAGCUAUGCCAGAGCAGGUACCACCAGCAGCUGGUGGUGACAGCAGCAGUUAAAGGUCCUUUCCUCCCUGCUCAAGCUAUAGGAUUUCUACACUGGCCCUAUCCUGUGAUGGAAAUGCUUCUAUGCCAACGCCCCCAGGCCCUUCCCCCACUACAUUAGUCUCCUGCUGCUCAAUGACCUGGUGCAGCAGAGAGGCCACUCUGUUGCCCCUAGUCAACCCCAUCCUGACCAAGUGGGGUCAGGACUGGGGAAGCUGUGAAGCUGUAAUGUGAAUAUCUCUUCUGGAAACUUGCUUCAAGUUAGCCCCACCCCUCAAGGUGAAUGCCAACAUAGGAGGCUGGGCCCCACUCCAAGAAUGGUUGCAGGCCCUGGACCCAGAGGGGAACUAGAAGCCUGCAAGAAAGCUCUGCUCAGUGGUGUGAAAUGAAAGGGGAGGGGUAGCCUGCCAGGAAGCAGAUCAGGGCUACCCUAUGCUACUUCUCUGCCUUAAGGAAUCAGGCACAGAGCUGGAGAGACCUUAGAUGUGGAAAAGCAGUGGAGGGCAGAUGUCAGUUUCUUGGACUGCUGGCUCCCACCUCCUAUACAGAUCACUGCAAUGCCCCCUUGCCCUGUUCUUGCCUGAGGCCCACCAUUAAGAUAUCCCAUCCCAAUAAAGUGCUAGGCAUCUGGAGUGUCA